CAAACACAGCAAAUGGAGCAGGUUGAAAAGGAGACGCAGCCCAAGGUCGCCGAGGCCCAUACGAUGGGCAACAAGAGUGCGCAUUUUGCCGAGACGGAAGACGACGACGACCAUGCCGACGACGCGGGCGAUGAUGACGACGAUGACGAGUCGAUCGACGAGAGUGAAGACGAGGAUAACGAGACCAACAACGAGGAAGAUGACGAGGAGGAGCCCCCGCCACCCUUGAAGAAACCGGCGGGCAAGCUGCGUUGACGUGCAUUGAGCCGAGAUUUGUUUC